CCGCAGCGGUGGCUGCUCGGGGCGGGCUUUGUGCGCUCGGCCGCUCGGUGCCUCCGCGCUGUGCCCAUGGCCGCCCCCCGCCCCGCGCACGGCUGCGGCAGCGGCGCUCUGCUGGGGCGCUUCGGCGUCCUGCUGCAGGCGCUGUUGGCUCUCUGCGCCUUCAGCACCCUCAUGCUAAAACGAUUUAAGGAGCCAAAGGAAGAGAGGCGUCCCUGGAGGAUAUGGUUUUAUGAUACCUCCAAGCAAGCAAUAGGUGCCCUCUUCAUCCACUUUGCCAAUGUCUUUCUGUCGGAUCUCACUGAAGAGGACCCUUGUUCUCUCUACCUUAUUAACUUCAUCCUUGAUGCCACUCUGGGAAUGCUGCUGAUCUGGCUUGGUGUGAAGGUUGUCUCUUGGAUCGUGCAGCGUAAGAAGUACACAUACCUCGUCUUUGGAGAGUAUGGUGACCCUCCACAAGCUGCUGCCUGGAUUGGCCAGUGUAUCCUCUACUUGCUGAUAAUGGUUUUUGAGAAGACUGUGAUUAGCCUUGUCCUGCUUAUCCCUGGAUGGACAAAGCUUCAGCAGAUCCUACUGGGUUACAUCCCAAACCCUCAGCUGGAGCUUAUCCUGGUCAUGCUUGUUGUGCCUUUUAUAGUCAAUGCCAUUAUGUUCUGGGUUGUGGACAGCUUGAUCAUGAGGAAAUAUAAACAGAAGGACACCCUGGACAUCAAUGGAUCCACAGAAACUCCUCGGGCUAGGAGGACUGAGGAAUCUCAGGUGUUACUCUCUCCAGACAUGGAUUUUGAUCAGUCUGAAAGCGACCAGGAUACUUCAGGACUCCAGGGAACAAACCAGAAGAUGAAGCAGCCCAGCUAUCAAGUGGUCAUCUGACAACACCGAGACAAAGGAGAUGGAGGAAGAGAAGCAGCACUGUGAUCCUUGAGCUGGCCGGGGAAGGGCAGGGUAGGGAAUGCUAGUUGAUUCCUAAGGAUCUGCAGCGGUCUUUUGCCUGCCUCAUCUAGGCCUGUCCUGCAGUUGUCUUUUGAGGGUGCUGUUUGUGUCCCCUGUACAGGCUUGAGCAGUAUCUGCUUUACCUGUCUGACCAUAACCUGUACACAUGCAGGCACAUUGAGGUUAAGGGUAUGGAUAUGUACUUCCCCUGGCUGGCCAGCUUGGGUGUAACUUUUUGUCAGGGCUAGAGACUGAAAUAAAAAGGUUGUCUGGGUAAAGAAGAAAAAAGAUUAUCCUGUACUACCUGAAACGUGACACUUUUAUAUUCACAAUACUCAGAAGAAUUUGUUUGCAAUGUGUAUUUAAGUGUCUUGAAUUGGGAAGAUUGUCUCAGUGGAUCUGAUGCUUUUUACUGUUUUAUAAGGAAUGCAAUAAAUAUUUGACCUAAAACUGCUUCAUAAUUGGAAAGCCUUCAUGUGCUUCGUGUUUUGCGAGAUCCUAAUGGUGUAAAGAGGAGGAAAGGGACCUACUGAAAUCUUUCCCAACCAGUUCCCCACAGGGCAGGUUGUCUUUCUGUAGCAGGGCUGUCUGAUUACACCUACAGAAGGAGAGCUUAGCCCACAGAGCUCAGUUUCUGUAGAUGGGUUGUAUGAGCUACUUCAGAGUAAAGACAUGAUGCCACAGCGUCAGCCUGUGGUUCUGAAGUUGAGACUGGAACAGAUUCUGAGAUUGAUCCCAGCUGCCACCUUGCAAAUGGGUGUUUACUGGGAAUGCAAGUUGACUGCUUUCCUUUUACCUAGUUUGAAGUAAAUAUACAAGAUCUCUGCAGAAGCUGAUUAAAAGCUAGAUCUGAAGAGUCAACCGAAGCCCCAUGAACCAGCCCUGAUGUUCUGGAUGUAAGGGAAUGACCUCAGGUAGGACUGCUGCAGGAGAAGACUCCUGGUUCAUCCCAGAUCC